AUGGGCAAAUGGCGACCAGGGGGUGGCGACCAGGGGGUUCAGUUGGGCAAAUGGGGACCCGGAGGUUCAGAUGGGCUUGUGGCGACCAGGGGGGUUCAGAUGGGCAAAUGGCGACCAGACGGGUUUAGAUGGGCAAAUGGGGACCCGGGGGGUUCAGAUGUGCAGGUGGCGACCAAGGGGGUUCAGAUGUGCAGGCUAGCAGGGACAGCACAAGGCCAUGCUGUCCCCUGGGAGCCCAGAGUGACAGCCCAGGGGUUUCUGCAGGCAGCCGCUUUGGGAAGCGGUGCUGUCACCCUGAGGAGGGAUGGCUCGGAUGCCUUGGAUUCCAGCUGGGGAGGGAGAGAUGAUUGCCAGAAGUGCCCUGCAGGCACCUACCUUGCAGAGGAGUGUAAAGAGCAGCACGGCUCUGGCAGGUGUGAGCCCUGUGGAGAGGGGGAAUUCAUGGAGUAUCCAAACACCUUCCAGUCCUGCCAGGAGUGCUCCAAGUGCAGGGAAGAUCAGGUGCAGCUGAGUCCCUGCCAGCCCUCCAGGAACACGGUGUGUGCCUGCCAGGACGGCACCUUCUGCCCCCCGGAGCACCCCUGCGAGAUGUGCCAGAAGUGCCAGCCCAGGUGUCCUGAGGGCCAAGAGGUGCUGAAACCCUGCACAGCUGACAGUGACCUGCAGUGUGGUCCUGCCACGGACAGUGGCACCGCCAGCAAAUGGACCAUCGGGGUGAUUACACCCGUGAUAGCUGUGGUCCUGGUAAUGGUUGGGCUCUACAUCUGGAAAUGCCUCUGCAGGUCCACAGGGGGUGGGAGAUCCUCCAGCAAGGGGCCCUGCCAAAUGAUGAGCUCCAUGUUUCGGAAGCUGAAGUACAAGAGCGUGAACGUGGAGGCAGGGGACAAUGCCACCAACGAGCAGCGUGACCCAGGCACGGAGCCAGCGGUGACACCGCCUGCUGGGAGUGUGAGACCCAAGGAGCCACCGAGUGCGAGACCCCAGUGGAAUCUGGUUCCAGCGCCAGGGGAGGACCCCAUGCAAAGGCUGCGAGGCUCCUUUUACACCUUCGCUAAAAAGGUCUACACUGAGAACUGGAAGAAGUUCGGGCGCCACCUGAAGCUGGAGGAGAACGACGUGGCCAUGGCCAGGACAGAGGAUGGAGUCUAUGAAAUGCUGCUCACGUGGCAGAGCAGGGAGGGGGCCAAAGCCUCUGUGAACACGCUGCUGGAGAUCCUGGAGGAGCUCAACCUCGGUGGGGUGGCAGAGGAAAUCUCCUCCAUUCUGAUCCAGAAGGGACUUUUCCAGGCUGGAGCUGAAGGGAGUGGUGAGCAGGCUGCACCUCCCUCCUUCAAGCCAGAGCCAUUAAAUACCUCCCAGAACACUUGAACUGUAGCUGGUCAUAGGCCUCCUUUGGCUCCUUUUGAAGCCAUCAGAGCUCAGCAGAGCCAGGAGAGUUGAUCCUCGUCAGAGUACGAGCUCAGGGUGCUCCCUGCUGGAUUCCAGGUUCGAUGUUGGUGCUUCCUCACAGAACCCAGGCUGGUUUCUUGACCUCACUCAAUGCCAAGAGCUUCAAAUCACUUCUGGAUGCCAACAGUACUGCCUGGAUCUUCAGCACCAGCACACAGAAGGCAUUUUGCAGGGUUUUUGGCAUCCCUGUGCUUUUGAACUGGAUCAUCCUUGUUGCUGGCAUUGUGAAAUGGCUUCUGCUUCUACAUCUCUGUGUGCUUGGUGGUUCUGCAACUGGAGCCUUGGGUUAUCUGUUGUAGGAUAAAGUAGUGUUUUUCAUUGUUUUGUGCUAUUAGGAGCCAGUUUGUAACUGAUGUGGAGGAGAGACAGGAAUGAUUGGUUUGCACUAUGCUCACUGGGGGUGCCUGGGGAAGGGGCAGUGCAGGGCUCAGCCCAGCCCCUGCCAGGAGCAGGGACAUCUUCCCCCCUGUCCAGACUGACCUUGAAUGUUUGCCAGCAUGGGGCAGCUUACCUGGGCAGCCUUGCAGCCAGUGUUUACCCACCCUCAUUUUCAAACAGUUCUCCCUAGUAUCCAGUCCAAUGUGACUAUCAUUUCAUUUUAAAGGCAUUCCUGUGCCCUGGCACUUCAGCCCUUUGUCCAGUGUCCCCCUCCCGCUCUCCUGGAGCCCCUUUAGGCACUGGAAGGGGAUUGAAGGUGUCCCAGAGCCUUGUCUUCUGCAGGUUGGACAAUCCCAGCUCUCCCAGGCUGGCUCCAGAGGGCCUCCAGCCCUCAGAGCAUCUCUGUGGAUUUGCUCCAACACGUCCACAUUGUGAUGUUGGAGGCCCCAGAGCUGCAGGUGAGGUCUCAGAGCUGAGGAAAAGGACUGGUCCCAGCUUGGCCCCGUGGCCAGGGGGUGGCUGUGCUGUCCCUGUGUCCCCAGGCAGUGUGGAGAGGUGAAUGCACUGUGACCUGCUGCCCGUCCUCAGCCAAGGGCAGCUCCUCAAACACUGCCUCCCACACGGAGCUCAGGUUUUGGUUUUGCUCAGCUGCAUACAGCUGGAAAAGCACUGGAAUUCUUGAGCUGGCACCUCAGUCCACCAGGACCUUCCCCAGUGGGGUGGGAGGCUGCUCAGCAGCCUUCCUGCUGCUCCCCCUUCUCCUCCACCCUCCAAUAAUAGACUAACAAUGUAAAAUUGUAUAUUUUAUUUAUUCAGCAACUGUAAAUGUUACACAUAUUAACUUAAAAUGUGUAUAAAAAUAUCAUGUUUUGUUUUUUUUUUAUUAAGCGUGGUUGUGUUUUUGUACAGAGCUCUGGCCCAGCCAGUCUUCUAUUUUCCAGUUUUUUACAUUUCUGUGUUUAUGAAGGAAGAGUUAACGUUUUAAAAACAAAACAAAA